CCCACCGCCCGCCAUUGUGGGCUGCCGCGGCUGCGGCCGGGGCGGCGGCGCGGAGAGCAGCGGUCCGUCCCGUCCCUGAGUCCGGGGCAGGAGGAGGGGCCGGCAUGGAGGGUGACGGGACAGAGCCGGAGGUUGCUACCAAAAGUAUUGAAAGAGAACUCAUCUGCCCAGCAUGCAAGGAGUUGUUCACCCACCCGCUGAUCCUUCCUUGUCAACACAACUUGUGUCACAAAUGUGUGAAAGAUAUACUAUUCACAGUUGAAGACUCAUUUGCUGAUGCAGGUUCUGAAUCCUCAAAUCAGAGCAGCCCGCGGUUCCGAAUCUCUUCUCCUAGCAUGGACAAGAUUGACAGAAUUAGUAGAUCAGGCAGAAAACACAACUCUUUGACUCCUAGAACAACUAUGUUUCCUUGUCCUGGCUGCCUGCAUGAUAUUGAUCUUGGAGAACGUGGUGUCAAUGGCUUAUUUCGAAAUUUCACUUUGGAAACAAUUGUGGAGCGACACCGACAGGCAGCCAGGGCAGCCAUAGCUAUUAUGUGUGACUUCUGCAAACCUCCGCCUCAAGAAUCCACAAAGAGCUGCAUGGACUGCAGUGCAAGCUAUUGCAAUGAAUGUUUCAAGGUGCACCAUCCCUGGGGAACUGUAAAAGCUCAGCAUGAGUACGUUGGACCAACCACUAACACCAGACUUAAAGUUCUGAUGUGUCCAGAACAUGAAAUGGAGAAAGUGAACAUGUACUGUGAAAUCUGCAGAAGGCCUGUCUGCCAUCUCUGUAAACUGGGUGGAUCUCAUGCAAACCACAGGAUAACAGCCAUGAGCACUGCCUAUAAAACUCUGAAGGAGAAGCUUUCAAAAGAUAUAGAGUAUCUCAUCAGUAAGGAGAGCCAAGUAAAAGCUCACAUCUCACAGCUGGGUCUGCUGCUGAAAGAAACAGAGUGCAAUGGGGAAAGAGCUAAAGAAGAGGCAUCUCAGAGUUUUGAGAAAUUAAUUAAUAUCCUGGAGGAGAAGAAGUCUGCAGCUCUUAGGGCAAUUGAAGUGUCUAAGAAUAUAAGGCUGGACAAAUUGCGAACCCAAGCAGAAGAAUAUCAAGGUCUCCUGGAAAAUAAUGGCCUUGUAGGAUAUGCUCAAGAAGUGCUUAAAGAAACUGAUCAGUCCUGUUUUGUUCAAACAGCAAAACAACUUCACGUCAGAAUCCAAAAAGCUACUGAAUCUCUGAAGAGCUUCCGGCCAGCAGCUGAAAGCUCUUUUGAAGGUUUUGUGGUGGACACAACCAAGCAAGAAGUGAUCCUUGAUGACUUAUCCUUCUAUUCCAGUGGUCUGGAAGUACCAGAAAUCAAUGAGGAGCAAUGCAGAAUGUAUAACAAAGCUGUGAUCAGCUGGGAGUCCUCCAAGAAGACAGACUCUGCUGAUAUGUACGUUCUUCAGUAUCGCAAGCUUAGUAGAGAAGAGGAGAGUGUGAUGUGGCAGGAGGUUGAAGUUUGCAGCAAGAGCAAAGUCAUACCUGAUCUUGAUGAAGACAGUAGCUACGCCUUUAGAGUUCGAGGAUACAAAGGGUCCAUGUGUAGCUCGUGGAGCAAAGAAGUUAUUUUGCGUACACCUCCUGCUCCAGUUCUUAGCUUUCUUUUUGAUGACAAAUGCGGGUACAACAGUGAACGUCUCCUGCUGAACCCAGAAAGAACGUCUGUGGAAAGCAGGGCUGGAUUUCCUUUACUGCUAAGAGCUGAACGCAUGCAGUUUGGAUGCUACACAACCCUGAAUUACAUCAUUGGUGACACUGGUAUUGCCAAAGGGAAGCACUUCUGGGCUUUUCAUGUGGAAGCUUAUUCUUACCUGGUAAAAGUGGGAGUUGUUUCUAGCACCAGGAUACAGAAAUUUUUCCACAAUACACAUGAUGUGACAAGCCCAAGAUCUGAACAAGACAGUGGUCAUGACAGUGGGAGUGAAGAUGCCUGUUUGGAUUCGUCACAGCCUUUCACACUGGUCACUGUGGGCAUGAAGAAGUUUUUCAUCCCCAAGGCAGCUGCUGACCCGAAGGAAGCUGCUGACCCCAAGGAUGCAGCAAGAAGAAUCCUUCCCCUGCCCUCCUGCUUGGGGAUCUGCCUUGACUGUGACAAUGGCAAGGUGGGCUUUUACGAUGCCAGCCGCAUGAAAUGCCUGUACGAGUGCGAGGUGGAAUGCUCAGGCAUAAUGUACCCAACAUUUGCCUUAAUGGGUGGUGCAGCAGUUCAUCUCAAGGAAGCCAUCCCAGCAAAGUACGUGGAAUACCAAGAUGACCUGUAGGUUAGUGCUCUCCUGUUGCUGUUCUGAAAUUAAAAAUAAGAGCAGAAGCAUUUCACCUUUGUUUUCAGUCCUGAUUCAAAUACAGUAUACCUAAGGGCUGUAUACGAGACUUUGGGUCACACUUCUGUGUUGCUUUGUUUGUUUGUUUGUUUGUUUGUUUCUUUGUUUCUUUGUUUGUUUGUUUGAAUAGUUCAGACAUUUCCAACAAAAGGAAAUGUUCUUCCAGGAUCUCCCCUGCCUUUCUUGUGAUCUGUGUGAUGAUGAUCUCCACAAACUUUCCUCCUAGGGAAGGUGGGGAGGAAGUUUGACUAACAACCAAAAUUACUUUUCAGGGAUAGAAAUCUGCCUUUUAUGUAACAUAGAUUCUCAUGUAGUCAGUUUUGAGUUUAACAGACCAAACUGACAGCAUAUGAUUGCCAUUAUUCUUUGAGAUACCUGUCUUCAUGCAUCUGCAGGAUCAAAAUUGCACUAAUAGAAUAAAAAGCAGUGAGAAAUGAAAACUGCAGGUGAACAUUUAGGCUGUGUUUGGAAGGAGGAGGUUAAACUAGAAACUUAAUUUCAUGUAAGUGUAAUGUAACUGUAAGCUGAAACUAGUUCUAAUGCCUGAUGUAGAGUUGAUGGUAUAAUUGUAAGUUCCUGUACUGUUCCAGGCUUUUAGUGUAGACAUAAAAUAUAUAAAGUGCAAUUUGACCCUAAAUGUCAGACUUCCAAGUCUGAUAUCUGAAGUUUUUGCAUGUAUGAGUAGCAAGCAGUACCUGGUUUUAGGCAAAAGUAAAUAAGUACUUAUUUACUGAUUCAGUUUUGAGACUCAAUUUCUGCCUUACAAGGCAUCUCUGUUCAGAUUUCUGUUCCGCUCAUGUUAAACACUGUAACAUGUUGUAGUGCUUGCAUCUGUUUGGAAGAAAUUUACACAAGCAGAAAUCAAACGUUUGAGUACUUCUACUGUUAAUUUUAAUUACUGAAAAACAAGGUUCUGAAGUGAAGGACGUUUCUAAAAUACACUCAAUUUUUUAUGAAUUUGGGGAUAUAAUGUUGCAUCUUGAUGAAUGUGAAGUAUGUUUACUAAAUACCUGUGUAUAGCUGUAGAGCAAUGAAUGACCUGAAAAUGGCAAGUGGGCACCAGUGGUGGUGGAUUGACCACUUGUCUUGGUCUUAGAGGUCUUUUCCAAAUGUUACGAUUCUUUGGUCCUCUUACCUUAUGAGACUGGCUCUCUAGCUGUGAAGGAUGAUGAAAGAUCUGGGAUUCGCUUCUUUCUUUAAUCUUAAAACUUAUCUUUUUGGUCCAUACCAGAUAUUAAACUGAUCAAAGGACAAAUCUUCCGUAGAAUUUUCCACAUGAUCCUGAUGGUUAGCUCUGAACAAGCUGCACAUGUACAAGGCUUCCCCAUCUGAUGUCUUAUUUUGCAUUUAAUAAGAUUGAGUCUGUUCUGCCAUCUUACCUAGUCACUUGGUACUGAGGCCUUCCUGCAUAGUGAACACAAAUCUUUACCUACUCUUGCAGCAGCUUCAGUUAUAGUGAGACAGAGCAGUUUUAUUCCCGCUGACAAAAUGUACCAUUCCUUCAAUCUGUUUUUUUGUUAUUCUGCCACUGAAAAUCCUUACAUUUCUGUAUGCUCUGUUGACUAGAUGACAAGUGCUCUUUGUUACUCAAGUUAUCAGUCAGACUCAGAAGUCAGGAUUCCCUUUUCUUUAGCUAUGGCUUAUCCCAAUGUGCAAUUUUCCUUCUUCCACAUAUCUACCAAAUAUUGGUUUAAAGCUACAGAUUGUAGAGUCGAAUUUCCUAAUCUGUUAUUCCCAGAUCAAAUCUCUUUCUACAGGUAAGUAUCUCAUUUUUAAUUCUUCUGUUUUAGAAGUUGUUAUAAAUUACAGGUUUUAUGUCUCAGUUACCACUCUACAGUUCCACACUUACAUCUUUAGAAGCAUCUGGACCAAUAUGACCAGGCUUUAGCUUUUCAUUACUUUAUGAAAAUUGUCAUAAAAUAGCCACAGCAUCUUAAAUGUGAAGAUAAGUCAUUCUGAAGGACUAUCUUUUAAAAGAAGGGGGCAAAAAAAGGGUAGUGAUUUAAGAAAACAGAAGUAAAGGAAGAAGAAUUCAGUUUUUUUCCUACUAUAUCUUUGCCUGACAUUCAUUGAAGAUGUGCUCUGCUAUGCAAUUACUUAUUCUACUGGGCACAGGCUGAUAUUACUGAAAACACUUACCUGCCUUUUGGUAUGUCAGUUUGUAAGUAUCUCAUUCAUCAUUUUAAAAUUGGUAUGGCUUUUGGUGUAGAAUGCCUUGAUGUAAGGGUUUUCAUCGCAGUGCUAUAUGGUGCUUGCUCCAGUUUAUUAAAUAGAAGCUGACUGUCAGAGGCAAAUGAUUUUUUCCACCUGUCAGAGAUACAGUUCAGUAGUACAUGCCUACACUGACACUUACUUUUCCAAAACAAUUUUCUUCCUACAAAACAGCACUUUACAAUGUGGACUAAGCUAAGAAUGGUGUGAUAUUGUGUGGAUCUCUGUGCAAUAUAGCUGUCUGGUGACUACUGUGUGAUUUGCAAAGCUCCAUUCAGGUGUGAAUCAUGUAGACCCUUUUUAAGUAUCUAAAGCUUUAACAAAAAGGCCUUAUUUAAAAAUACUCUGAAAUGUAAAUGUGAUGUCAGUUUUUUUCUUUUUUUUCUAAAUAAAA